AUUCAGACACCAUCUUUUGAGAAAGGAACAAAAGAAAAAACUGUUAAAACUGUGUGUGUGCCUCUCUCUCCAUGCUGCUUGUUUUAUCAUCACAGCAUCUUGUCAUUUAAACGAUGUGCAUAGAUAUAGCGGGCCACUGAGCUUUUUUCUAAAAUCAAUUUGAUGGAGUUCGAUCUUGAAAACCCAUUAACAAACUUCGAUGACUUCCAUGUUUCUAGUUCUGUUCCCACUUUUAUCCCUUCCUUCUUCCUUGUUGAAUCUGAUCAUAUGCCCACUGAGACUUACAUUAAGACCCUCGAAGCUAGUGAUCUUGCUACUAGUAUUAGACGAGAAGCUAUCUGUUCAAUCUGGCAGUUUUCACGCAAAUUCAGUUCUUUUUUGUCGUAUCUUGCUGUCAAUUAUCUCGACCGUUUCUUAUCAAGCCAAGGGUUACCGCAACCUGAGACAUGGGUUCUAAGACUUGUUGCAAUCUCUUGUGUCUCUUUAGCUGCCAAGAUGAACAAAUUAGAGUUUGAACUUACCCAUUUUCAGGGCGAUGGAGGUUACAUGUUUGAGGCACAAACAAUAAAGCGAAUGGAAUACGUAAUAUUGGGAGCCUUAAAAUGGAGAAUGCGUUCGAUUACUCCUUUCUCGUUCAUAUCCUUUUUUAUUUCAUUGUUCAAGCUCAAAGAUCCUCCAUUAAUGGACGUCCUCAAAGCUCGAGCUGUUGAAAUAAUUUUGGAAGCCCAAAAUGAUAUAAAGCUUUUAGAGUUCAAGCCAUCAAUAAUUGCUGCAACUGCACUUGUAUGUGCUUCCCAUGAACUUUUUCCCUCGCAAUUCCCCAGCUUUAGAAAAGCAAUUUCCUACUGUCCAUACGUAAAUAAGGAAAACAUGUUAAACUGCUACAAUUCGAUAAUCGAUAUGGGUUGGAGGUCUAACAAGGCCGAAGAUAUGGUUUCUCAGCAAUUUUCAAGUCCAGAAAGAGACAUGUUGAAGAGAAGAAAAACCAAUGAUCAUGGGAAGAACCACACGGUCCACCUCUCUCAGGUCCAACACUGUUGAUGAUAGUGGGUGAGAGGUUUGAAUCAAUGGGCUGUUUUGAGAGUGAGCCUAGCUACCUCUUUACCUUCAAAUAAGAAAUGGGAUACAAGAUCAUGAUUCUUAAUGGCUAAUCCGCUCCCUUUCUUUCUUGGUUAAGAGAGCUGAAGAGAUGAAAACCAAAGAGAAUUUUGUUUGCUUUGAUUAUUUUCCUUUCCUUUCUAUUUGGUACCAAAUAAAAACGAGGACAAAAUUGACACUUCGAAUUAUAUGGUUGGAUUUUUGUUCA